GAGAACGCGCAAAGGGAAACAGGAAAGAGAGAGAGAGGAGCAACGAGAUAGAAAGAGAAAGAGAGAGACGCUCGUAGCCGUCGUACGUGUCGCGGUGGUAACGAACGCAGCCGAUCAUCCGCGUCCUCCGCGAGCGAGAGCGCGCGUCGUCGUCGCCUACGUCGAUUAUCGCUGUCGCCCGCGAACGAGCGGAGCGCGACGCGCGUAACGACUCGUCCGGUGGUGAUCGAGACGCGCGGUAGUGUGCUGGUGCAGUGCUGAGUACGGCUGGAAGGCGAGGAGGAAACAAGUGGAGAAGAAGGUGGUGCGGUCGUGACGCGCGCGCUCUUCCCCGUCGCUUAUCCUGUUGCUGACGACCGCACCACGCCGUGGUGUAAGUCGCGCCCGUUUGUUUGUUGUGUUUGUCCGCGGGUACUCGCGAGUCGUGGUGCCGACGCUAGAUAGCCAGCGGCGUGUCUCGACUGCAGCGGGGAAUAUAGUACUACGAUGAUCAGUGACACGUGCGGAUACGUUCUCUGCCUGCUGCUGCUGUCGCUGGUCGCCUACAUCGAGAGCGCUGAACGGUUGAACGAGUACAUCCGCCACUACGAAACCCUGUCGUAUCCCGUCGAGGACGUCCAUCGAAGUCACCUAAGGGCGAAAAGGUCGAUCAGUCGCGACAGUGCCGUGACUGUGAAGUUCCAGGCGCACAACAAGAACUUCCACAUCCGAUUAAAACGAGACCUCACCACUUUUAGCAACAACCUAAUCGUAGAGGGACCUACGGGGGAGAGGCAGGACGGCGACAUCUCCCACCUUUACCAGGGCAACCUAAUCGACGAGCCUGGUAGUCACGUGUUCGGAAGUGUCAGUGAUGGAGUCUUCCACGGGAAGAUAAUAUCGCCGAAAAGCGGUGCAUGGUACGUGGAAAGAGCGCAUUACUACUUUCCGCCGCACGAGGUAAACGAGACGCUGCAUUCUGUGAUCUAUCACGAGAAUGACGUCGGUGAUCCGUACGCGGACGUUCGACAAGGUGAUUCCGGUGGAUGUGGCAUUACCGACGAAGUGAUAGAGUGGAUGGAGAAAAUUCAGAAUUCCGCCGAACCAGAUAUACCACUUAAGACUCCAUCGGUGAAUCAGAAGGAGCCGAAACCAAAUGUCGCACCCUGGAAUGGGGACCAGGAGAGUCCUGGUCAUAAAUAUAGUAGAGAAGCCAAUGAACCUAGUCAUCGCAGGCCACGAAGAGCGACUAGGUCGAAGGAGAACAACACCUGUUCGCUCUUCAUACAAACAGAUCCUCUUAUAUGGAGGCAUAUUUCCGAACAGUUACAUCACGACGCGGAGAAAACCAGGGAGGAGAUAUUGUCCUUGAUCGCCCACCACGUUACCGCCGUAAACUACAUCUACAGGGACACGAGAUUCGACGGCAGAAUAGAGCAUAGAAACAUCAAAUUCGAGGUUCAACGAAUAAAGAUCGACGACGAUACGGCCUGCACGCAACAACAGACAUACAGCGAGCCGAACCCGUUUUGCAUGGAGAACAUCGACGUCAGCAACUUCCUGAACCUGCACUCUCUCGGGAAUCAUGAGGACUUCUGCCUAGCUUAUGUCUUCACCUACAGGGACUUCACCGGCGGGACCCUCGGGCUUGCUUGGGUCGCGUCCGCGUCCGGCGCGUCCGGUGGGAUCUGCGAGAAGUACAAGACCUACACCGAGACUGUAGGCGGCAUGUAUCAAUCCACCAAGCGGUCCUUGAACACCGGCAUCAUCACAUUCGUGAAUUACAACAGCCGAGUGCCACCCAAGGUGUCGCAGCUGACUCUGGCGCACGAAAUCGGGCAUAAUUUCGGGUCACCGCACGAUUUUCCACCGGAAUGCAGACCGGGCGGCUUGGACGGUAAUUACAUUAUGUUCGCCUCAGCGACGAGCGGAAAUCGACCGAACAACAGCAAAUUUUCAAAGUGCAGCAUUGGCAAUAUCAGCAACGUUCUAGAUGCUAUCGAGGAUAACAAGAAGAGGAACUGUUUCACUGGAGCGUUUUGCGGCAACAAGAUCGUCGAGGCUGGCGAAGAGUGCGACUGCGGAUACGACGACAACGAAUGUACGGACAAGUGUUGUUAUCCCAGACAGGUGUCCGAGUUGGAUAAAAUCAAGAACGAAACGGCGAAAGGCUGCAACAGGAAGUUCGGGACACAGUGCAGUCCUAGUCAAGGACCUUGCUGUUCGAGCGAAACGUGCCAGUUCGUGCCCCUCUCCCACAAGGUUCAAUGCAAGGCUGAAUCAGACUGCAGUUACAAUUCCACCUGCAACGGCAGGUCCUCCGAAUGUCCAGCGCCGCUACCGAGAGCCAAUAAGACUAGAUGUAACGAGGGCACUCAGCUGUGCAUCAACGGAGAGUGUACCGGAUCCAUUUGCCUAGAGUGGAAUCUGACAGAGUGCUUUUUAACGAGCAGCAUCAUACCGAACAUCGACAAGCGAAAGCUCUGCGAAUUAGCCUGUCAAAAUGGCACCGAUGCGUCAACGUGUCGCGGUACGAGCGAGUUUGCGCACAUGGUGGGACUGCCCGAGGGCGGAAUGAGCCUGAGACCUGGCUCGCCCUGCGAUAAUUUCCAGGGUUACUGCGACGUUUUCCUGAAGUGCAGAGCCGUCGAUACGGAAGGACCGCUCGCUAGGUUGAAGAAUCUGUUGUUCAACAAGGAGACCUUAUCAACGGUAGCGCAAUGGGUGACUGAAUUUUGGUGGGCCGUAUUGCUGAUGGGCAUAGCUUUCAUCAUAUUUAUGGGCUUAUUUAUCAAGUGUUGCGCCGUGCAUAUUCCUUCGACUAAUCCUAAAAAACCGCCUGCGAGGCGCAUCAGUGAUACAUUAACAAGACCGAUGAAUACUCUCAGAAGGAUGCGACAUCCGCACGGCGGAGGAGGAGCUGGGCCAAGGAGUAUACCUCCGAGACCGAGUCAAGGUGGACACGGAACACGUGGACCUUCUCAUGGUUACGGAGAAGGUAGAGGUGCUCAAUAUUACCCAAAAGCAGGCUAUCACUCGGUUCCCACAGCUAGUGCGCCACCAAAUAGCAGGUCAGCAGACAACUACGGCCGUUCCAACCACCCAGAGCUGUACGCCGGCGCCUAUUCGGGCUCCGGGGGAGGGGGGAGGAGCGCAGCCUAUGAGAUGAGGCAUCACAACAAGGUGUGACGAUCCUAGGACGUCGUCACGGACGAGGACCACCAGUCGCGGCGUUGCACCACGAGUCGUUGUGUAAAACGAUUGCCAAAUGCGAAGGGAACCGAUCCACUCCACGCGACGAUGUCUUGUAACCGAGGUCGAAGCAAUAAUGACGAGAUACGGCACGAUGGUCGAGCAGAUUGAGAGGUCCGGCGAUACUUUGCGCUUUCAACUGAGUUGCGUUCGAUCGAACAUCAAGACGACGAAGAGAGCCGCGCGCGUUACUUGUAGAUACGACGAAAGUACGCAUCAGUGAUCAAAUCGAUCUCUCAUUUUGUAUCGGUUCGGCAAAUGUGAUUUCAACUUAGAUCCAGAUACGUUACGAACGACGAUCCGGAGGAUCACGAGUUAGCCGGAGUCGCGAUGUAUAAUAGAAUAACGAUAUAUCGGACAAAUCGUGUAUCCCGGAGAUUUUAUAUAUAUGUAUAUGUACAUAUAUAUAUAUAUAUAUAUAUAUAUAUAUAU